AUGUCUUUCAGUGUCCCGCUGUCUUCCCAGGUCCCACAGGUCUCCCAGGUCCCACAGGUCUUCCCCAGGUCCCACAGGUCUUCCCAGUCCCACAGGUCCCUUCCCAGGUCCCGACAGGUCCUCUCCCAGGUCCCACAGGUCUUCCCAGGUCCCACAGGUCUCCCAGUCCCACAGGUCUUCCCAGGUCCCCACAGGUUCCUUCCCAGGUCCUGGCUAGGUCUCUCCCAGGCCCACAGGUCUUCCCCAGUGUCCCACAGGUCUUCCCAGGUCCUGCUGUCUCCCAGUGUCCCGCUGGUCUCCCCUGUGUCCCCCAGGUCUUCCCAGGUCUGCUCAGGCUCCCAGUGUCCCACAGGUCUUCCCCAGUCCCGUCAGGUCUUCCCAGUCCCACAGGUCUUCUCCCCAGUCCCACAGGCCUUCCCAGGUCCUGCCAGGUCUCCUGUCCUGGCUGUCUUCCCAGGUCCUGCCAGGUCUUCCUGUAGGUCCCACAGGUCUUCCCUAGUCCCACAGGUCUCCCAGGUCCCACAGGUCUCCCAGGUCCCACAGGUCUCCUGUGUCCCACAGGUCUCCCAGUCCCACAGGUUCCUGUGUCCCACAGGUCUUCUCAGGUCCCACAGGUCUCCCCAGGUCCUGGCCAGGUCUCCCAGUCCCCACAGGUCUCUCUCCCCAGGUCCCUGGCCAGGUCUCCCAGGUCCCACAGGUCUCUCCCAGGUCCCACAGGUCUUCCCAGGUCCCGGCUGUCUUCCCAGGUCCCUGACAGGUCUUCCCAGGUCCCACAGGUCUUCCAGUGUCCUGCAGGUCUUCCCAGGUCCCACAGGUUCCUCCUGUGUCCCACAGGCUCUUCCCCAGGUCCUGCUGGUGGUCUUCCCAGGUCCCACAGGUCUUCCUAGUGUCCUGCUGAGGUCUUCCCAGGUCCCACAGGUCCCUUCAGUCCCACAGGUCUCUCCAGUGUCCCUCCAGGUCUCCAGUGUCCCAGCCAGGUCUCCCCAGGUCCCCCAGGUCUCCCAGUCCCACAGGUCUUCAGGUCCCACAGGUUCCUUCCAGGUCCCACAGGUCUCCAGUGUCCGCCAGGUCUUCCCCAGGUCCCGGACAGGUCUCUCCCAGUCCCACAGGUCUUCCCAGGUCCCACAGGUCUUCCUCCCCAGGUCCUGGCCAGGCUCCUUUCAGGUCCCACAGGUCUUCCCUGUGUCCUGGCUGUGUCUUUCUGUGUCCCACAGGUCUUCCAGUGUCCCACAGGUCUCUCCCAGUGUCCCUCAGGUCUUCCCAGGUCCCACAGGUUCCCCAGGUCCUGCUGUGUCUUUUCAGUGUCCCACAGGUCUUUCCAGUGUCCUGCCAGGUCUUCCUGUGUCCUGCUGUGUCUUCCUGUCCCCAGGUCUUCCUAGUCCCACAGGUCUUCCAGUGUCCCACAGGUCUUCCCAGGUCCCACAGGUCCCACAGGUCUCCCAGUGUCCCACAGGUUCUCUCCAGGUCCCACAGGUCUCCCAGGUCCCGACAGGUCUUCAGUGUCCCACAGUCUCUCCAGUGUCCCCACAGGUCUUCCCAGGUCCUGGCUGGUCUUCCCAGUGUCCCACAGGUCUCUCUCUCCCAGGUCCUGCCAGGUCUCCCCAGGUCCCACAGGCCCCAGUGUCCUGCUGCAGGUCUUCCUGUGUCCCGCUGGUCCUCCAGGUCCCUGGCCAGUUCUCUCCCUGUGUCCCACAGUCUUCAGUGUCCCACAGGUCUUCCUGUGUCCCACUGUCUUCCCAGGUCCCACAGGUCUUCCUUGUCCUGGCUGUGUCUUCCCAGUCCCACAUGUGUCUUCCAGUGUCCCACAGGUCUCCAGGUCCCAGGUCCCUUCCCAGGUCCCACAGGUCUUCCCAGGUCCCGGCCAGGUCUCCCAGGUCCCACAGGUCCCACAGGUCUCCCAGUGUCCCACAGGUCUCCCAGGUCCCACAGGUCUUCCCCAGUCCUGCCAGGUCUUCCCCAGGUCCUGCUGUGUCUCUCCUGUGUCCCACAGUGUCUUCCCAGUGUCCCACUGUCUUCCUGUCCCGGCUGUCUCCCUGUGUCCCACAGGUCUUCCUGUGUCCUGCCUGUGUCCUGUGUUCCUGUCAGGUCUUCCUGUGUCCCGCUGUGUCUUUCAGUGUCCCUGCUGUGUCUUCCCUGUGUCCUGGCUAG